GGUGCUCUCACCAGCCAGCAUCACGGAGCUGGGAGAGGGCGAGCAACAGCGGAAGCUCUUGGUGCAGAAAUGGGUGAAAUACCCCGGCAUCUGCGUGAGGUAAUGUGCCUGCAGAUGUGAAUGAAUCAUAAAAUCCUCCACAAACCCCUCACAAGACUCCAAGAAACUGGAGCAGUUACUUUAUUGAUUUUCUGACUGCACCACCCAUACUGGCAGACGGUGCCUCCCAGGUGCAGCCUACCUUCCCAUCCCAAUAAAAACCUUUCCUUUCAACUGCUCCCAGAACCCUGUAGCCUUUAUACAGAAUGUUCUCUUCAAAUUUUUUGGGUGGGGGGAAUCCUCUGAGUGCAAUGUCUUCUGCAGUGAACAAGUUCAGCCUGUUUGGUGAAGAGACAGAGGAUGGAAAAGGAAAGCAGGGGCCUCUGAAGCCAAAAAUACCUGAACAGCACGGAAAUGGACAGCCUGUCUUAGAAGGAUCUCAAAAACACGGCACAAAGAAGUCACCGGGAGGGCAUGUGGAUGAUGCUCAAAAUCAAAUAACAGGCAGGGGGCUACCCCAGCAUCCACCAUCUGGAAGAGGUAGCCCUCAGCAACAAAGAGCCAGUAGAGGAAGACCUUUGGGGAGGGGACAAUCUUCACAACAUCCAACAGGCAGGGGUGACCCUUCACAUCACGAGCCUUCAGGACCUGGGACUCACGAAGCAAAAACAGCUGCAGUAUCUGCAUCAGACUUAGAGACACUCUGUCUGAUCUGUAAAAACACAAAACUUAAUUUUCAGUCCAAGGAACCACCCAACCAUAACACCUGUACACAAUGUAAAUCUGUUGUCUGCAGUAUGUGUGGCUUUAGUCCGCCAGAUGCAGCUGCUACCGAGUGGCUUUGCCUCAACUGCCAGAUGCAGAGGGCCCUUGGAGUUGAAGAAUCCCCUACUCCCUUUAAAUCUAGCAAAACAUCCACAACCUCUCCAUCCCCUAUCAAGCAAAAGCCAACAGCACAAAAGAAGGACACUACACAGAGUCAAGCCUUACACCCAUCCUCUAGUCAGCAGAGCAAGCCUUCAGAGGGUCAUAAAGCACAUGGACAGGACUGUUUAACUACAGCAACAACGUCAGCUUCACAUCCACAACAAAAGCCAACUCAGCAACAAAAAAUAAAAGAAGCCCCAUUGCCUGCCAAGUCUGAACCACCAACACAACCUGAACCUCCCAAGGAACAGUCUGGAUUUUUUGGUUUAAGGUCCGGUGGUGCUCGGUCCCGAUCACCAUCUCCUCAGCCUACAGUCUCUGCUGUUUCUGGAAAGGUUCUAGGCUUUGGCUCCUCCCUUUUCAGCUCUGCAUCUAAUCUGAUUUCAUCAGCUGUUCAGGAUGAGUCUUCCACAAUGCAGCCAAUCUCACAUAAAGCCUCCAGUGUUUCCCAGUCGUCUGACAGGUCUACACCUCCCGUAUCUCACAAAGGCUCAGAGGCUUCUAAGGACUCUCCCAAACCUCCCACAAUGCCCAAACAAGAACAAAAGAACACUGAUGUAACACAAACAACCAAAACAACUCUCGACCAAACAAAAGAGAAAACAACUUCUUCACAGUCUCCAAAAGCUAGUCCGAAAUCUCUUUCCAAAGCCUGUCCAAUCUGCAAAGUGGGUCUGAAGAAAGAACCUCCAAAUUACAAUACUUGCACUGAGUGCAAAACUACUGUGUGUAACCAAUGUGGUUUCAAUCCCAUGCCUUAUCAACCAGAGGGAAAAGACUGGCUUUGUUUAACCUGUCACACUCAAAGGACACUCAAAAGCAUUGAACCACAAGGUUCUCCUGUGAUGAAGCCACACCCUCAACACCAUGAAGCCACAACCCAAAAGAAAAAUUCUGCUACAGGUCCCACAUCAAAACAGCCCACUCUUCAACCAACAGAGAUAAGUAGUGCCAACAAGACAGUUGCUCAGAUAGAGGGAAGUAAUAAACAACAACUUAUUUCAGUGUCAACAGUAACAAGUAACAAGCAUAAUCAACAGGCAGCAAAACCUGACAUACCUUCGACACAGACUGAAGCCUCUCAAAAAGAAUCAAGUUUCUUUAGUUUUGGCUUUGGUGGUGCGCGUUCUCGAUCACCAUCUCCUCAGGUGGCUAACUCUGCUGUUUCUGGAAAGGUUUUAGGCUUUGGCUCCUCCUUACUCAGCUCAGCAUCUAACCUUAUCCCGUCAGCUGUUCAGAACGAACCUUCCACCACACCACCAACAUCACGAAAGGGAUCUACAGUGUCCCAACAAUCUGCCAAUGCAACCAGUACAGUUCCAGCAUCAGAAAAAGCAUCUGCAGCAUCGAACACGGAUGCCAAAACAUCCUUAACACAGCCAGAGACUAAAUCGUCAAUUGUUGAUGAGAAGACACCCGGACAUCAGCAAAGUAUGGGACCCUUAUCUCAAGGAAAGGCACUCGAACAGAUGUCAAAAAUAGAUAAAUAUGCUCAACAUCUUCCCAAAGCCUGUCCACUUUGUAAAGAAGAGUUUAGGAAGGAUCCUUCUAACUACAAUGUCUGCACUAAAUGCAAAAAGUAUGUUUGUGACCGUUGUGGAUUCAAUCCAAUGCCUCAUCAAACCGAGGUGACAGAGUGGCUUUGCCUGAACUGUCAGAUGCAAAGAGCACAUGUUAAUGAUCCAGUAGUGCCCCAGAAAAAAUCAGUCCAACCCCACUCUUCACCAAAGGCAGGGGUGAAAUCAUCAGUACAACAUAAAGAUCCUGGUGCUGUGGACUCUGUAGAGAACAUAAGGGACAUUCAGGAAACAAAGCAACUUCAAAAGAAAGCACCAAAUGACUCACCCACUGUCCCCAAACAUCACCACCUAGAAAGUGGGCAACCUUUGAGUGAUACAUCAAAGCCAGACAAGCCCAAAUCCAAGGAUGACUUGGGUUUCUUUGGUUUUGGCUUUGGUGGUUCAAGAUCAAGAUCAACCUCUCCCAAGCCUGCCGCCUCUGCAGUUUCCGGAAAGGCUCUCGGUUUUGGUACAUCCUUCCUCAGCUCAGCAUCCAAUCUGAUCUCUUCAGCUGUUAUGGAUGAGCCUUCCGGCACACCACCAGCCUCUCGUAAAGGUUCAUCAGUCUCUCAAAGUUCUAUUAGUUCUACCACACCGCCAUCCUCUCGAAAAGCUUCUGCAGUUUCACAGACUGUGUCAAAAACAACACCACCUACUUCCCUUAAGGGCUCAUCAGUUUCACAGAUAUCUAACAAGACUGGAACUUUAGCCACAAUGCCAGUUACUCCAAGCAAAGAGACUGACAUUUCGCAGGACACAACAAAGGAAAUCAAACAAUCCUUAAAUGAAAAGGCAGAUGAAAAGAAAUUACAGAAACCACAGCCACCCAACACAUUAUCUGAAAAGGUUAAGGAGUCUGCAGCUAUUGAAAAAUCAUCUCAACAGCUACCAAAAACCUGUCCACUUUGUAUGGUAGACAUAAAAAAAGAUGUCCCUAACUACAGCACCUGUUCUGAAUGCAAGUGCAUUGUGUGUAACCUCUGUGGAUUCAGCUCCAUGCCUCAAGAAACAGAGAAAACAGAGUGGCUCUGUUUAAACUGCCACACAAAACGAGCAUCAGGAAUAUCUUCUAUGCAGUUUAGCAAAAUUCCCCCAUCUCCUCAAAAUAAGAAGAGUUUGACUAUGUCAGACCACCCUGACAAGACGAAAGAUCUUCCUGAUAAAACUAUUCAUAAAGGCCAGACAACUGCUGAGGUAAAACAAAAAGAUGAAAUAUCUGCUGCAGCAGCAGAGAAUCAGGUCAGUCAGCAGCAUCCUACUCUACAACACAGUGCGGAGAAAACUCAAAAGGCUUCAAAAGUUGAGUCCUUUUCUGCCAAGGACAAACCCCCUCAAGAAAACUCAGGAUUCUUUGGUAUUGGUGGUGGGCGAUCUCGAUCACCAUCCCCUCAGCCAGCUGUCUCUGCUGUUACUGGGAAGAUGUUAGGAUUUGGUUCUUCCUUUUUCAGCUCGGCAUCGAAUAUAAUCUCAUCAGCUGUUCUGGAUGAGGCUUCCACGACACAAUCGACCACUCGCAAAGAUUCGACAGUUUCUCAAAGUUCCAUUAGGUCUGAUACACCACCUCCAUCUUCCCGCAAAGGUUCCAGAGACACCCAGGCAUCCCAAGGGGACUUUCAGAAAAAGCAGACAGAUACAAAUAAAUCACAGGUUGUAGAGAAAAAAGAAGGAAAAAAAUCUGAGCACCUAAAUCCAACUGAAUCCAAUCCAGAGCCAUCAAAAAUGAAAGAAUCAUCCCAAGUUCUCCCUAAAAGCUGCCCUCUCUGCAAGGUGGAGAUCAAGAGUUAUCCUCCCAACUACAAUACCUGCACUGACUGCAGAAACAUUGUAUGCGUUCAAUGUGGAUUCAAUCCUUCACCUCACCAAAAAGAGAAGGUAGAGUGGCUGUGUUUGACCUGCCAAAUGCAGCAAGCAUCAGGAGCUUCUCAACAACCUCACCCACAGGCUAACAAUGUACUAGUAUCAAAACCGAAUAAAGAGCCUUUAAAUCCAGCAAAGGAUAAGAAAUCACUUCCUGAUGAUAAGCAACAUGACAAUCAAAGUGAAGCUGAGAAAAAGCAAGACAGUCCUGCAUUAAAACGUAAUGUGCAAAGUCAGCAUCCUAAGCAACAGGCUCAACCUACAAAAGAUGGAAAACCUGCUAAAUCAGAACCUCCUAAUAAGGAAUCAGACUUUUUUGGUUUUGGUAGACGAACUCGAUCCCCAUCCCCACAGCCUGCUCUUACUGGAAAAGUUUUAGGUUUUGGAUCUUCACUCUUCAGCUCAGCAUCUAAUCUUAUAUCCUCAGCUGUUCAAGAUGGAACCUCUCCAACACCAUCACCAACAACUUCACGCAAGGGUUCAACUGUUUCUCAAACUUGUGAAAAUAUUGUACCUACUGUACCUGAUUCUAGGAAGAUAUCUGAAAUGUCCAACGAUACUCUUUCAGUUUCCAGCAAGGACUCUCCCAAGGAGAAAUCUAGUAAACUAUCAAAAGCACCAACUAAAUGUAAUGAAGAAAGAAGAACACAGGAAUUAAAAUCACAAGGAGAAACAUUGAAAAAAGAUGAAAGUCCAUCAGGUGGCACAAAAUCUAUAGGAAUCAUUCAGGCUCUUCCCAAAGUUUGCCCACUCUGCAAGGUAGAAAUCAAAAAGGAGCCUCCUAACUACAACAUCUGCACUAAAUGCAACAAUGCAGUUUGUAACCUUUGUGGAUUUAACCCAAUGCCUGACAAAACAGAGAUAAAAGAGUGGCUAUGUCUGAAUUGCCAGAUGCAGCGAACAUCAGGACCUCCAGAACCUACUCAGACAAAACCUGUCAAAGUUCCUGCUCUGGCAUCACCACAGGAGAAUAUUCCAGCACAAGUUUCUUUGCAAAACCUUUCUCCACAACAGGGCUCAAAAGGUGACACAUCAGCAAAGCCUGUUCUCCACCAAACCUCUAAAGAUAAAUCAGUCACUGGGCUUAGUCAUGACAAGUCUCAGUCUUCAUCUCCUCAGCCUGCUUCCUCUACUGUAUCAGAAAAAAAUGUAGGCUUUAGCCCUACCAUCAUCAGCACAGCAUCUGACAUUAUUUCUUCAGCCGUGAAAGACGAAGUAUCUAUGACACCACCAUCCUCACAUAAGAGUACUGCAGUGGCUGAUGCAUCUGUAAAAACGUCAACACCACCUGCUUCUCGCAAGGACGCCGUGGUUUCUGAAAAAAGCCUUUCUUUUAAGGAGCUGAAAUCGGUUUCUCAACAACCAGGAUCUGAGGAGAAAAUAUCAGAGCUUCAGAUCAUCAAGGAACAGUGUGCUGAAGUGAAAAAAGAUGAAAGUUUAUCAGCUUGCCCACUGUGCAACGAGAAGUUCAAAAAUAACCCUCCAAACGUCAACACUUGUACAUCUUGCAAAAUGACUGUGUGCAAUUUCUGUGGAUUUAACCCCAUGCCAGAUCAAACUGAGGUGAAUGAGUGGUUUUGUUUGAACUGUCAGAUGCAGCAGUUUUCAUCAGCUACACCUGUACAGCCACAGGUUGAACAGAUACUUUCACUAGGACCAGCAGAGUGCAAGAAAACUCCAGUUGCAUCUAAAAAGGAAUCAAUUUUUACAGUAAAUGUCACAAACAACAGUAAAAACCUUUCUGAAGUUAGAAAAUCAGAUGGCCAGCCCCCUGUGCUGAAAGAUUUUACUUCAAUAUCACAGCCUCCUUCUGCUUCUGAAAAUCCAAAAGCAGAAGAUAAGAGUUCAGCCAUUUGUCAAACUUUUGCAAAGCCUGCAUCAGAUGUGCCUGUAUCUGUUGAAAGUGUUACUGCAGGAAAGACAAAAUCACGUACUGUUCAAGAAGAAAUAAAACCUGCAGAUGAAGCACCAAAUGCUCAGUCUGCCAAAGCACCAUCUGCUUUUGAAAAAGGAACUACAAAUCUGUACAAGCUUCAGAAAGGCUGUUCAAUCUGCAAGGAGAUAUUCAAGGAAGAUCCUCCACACCACAAUACUUGUGAUUCUUGCAAAGCCAUUGUGUGUAACUCUUGUGGUGGAUUAAAUUCCAGCGAAGAAACAGCUGAGAAGAAUAAAUGGUUGUGUCUGAACUGCCAGCGGAAUCAAGUACAAGGACUUCUUCCUGCAAAGGCAAAUGAAGUAACCCUUACAAAAUCAGAGACUGAGGCUUUUAGUUCAGAUCCUACAAAGAAAAAGACAAGUAUUUCACUGGGUGAUCCAAAUGAUCAGGCACCCACAGUAAAUGAAAAACCCAGUGAGAAACUCACUUUAGAAAAGACCCCAAAAACCACUACUAGUGUGGCAGAACAAAAACCACUACACGUUGAAUCUGUCGAACAACAAAAUCCAAAACCUUCUGAGAAGCAGUCUGGCCUCUUUGGCUUCACUUUUGGUGGUAAUAAAUCACGGCCACCGUCACCUCAGCUGGCAGCUUCUGCACUUUCUGGGAAAGUCCUAGGGUUUGGUUCAUCCUUCCUCAGCUCAUCUUCUAAUUUGAUCUCUUCAGCUGUUCAGGAUGAACCCUCCAUCACACCACCAACCUCUCGAAAGGGUUCAACAAUUUCUUUAAAAAACAAAACAACGCCACCUGUAUCUCGCAAGAGUUCAUCAUUACACCAAGAGGAAACGAAAGAAACAGAAAAUAAAUUGCAAGACCAUUUGGCAAAAGAAACAGGUCCUCCUUUGAAAAACAAAGCAGGUUAUUUAGCGCUUCUAAAAGCUUGUCCUCUUUGUAAGACUGACCUCAAGGAAGAUCCACCCAACUAUAAUAGCUGCACACAAUGUAAAAACAUUGUGUGUAAUUUCUGUGGAUUUAGUCCUGUUCCACAAGAAACCGAGCAGGUGUCAGAGUGGCUGUGUUUGAGCUGCCAGAUGCAACGAGCCCCAGGACCUCCUGCAAAAACCACAUCAGAGGUGAACAAGGUACCUUCACCAGCAUCACCAAGGAAGAAAGAGACUGCAGGUGGUCCACUGAAGAACCAAAGUCCUUUAGUAAAUGCCAAAGAAGAGAAGCCACCUGGAGUCGGAAAAACAGUAGAUAAACCAGCAGAGUCCCACAAAUCUACUACUAAUCCCUUAACACAACCCUCUCCUACAAAAUCUGCACCCCCUCAAAAAGUUGAACCCCCCAAGGAGGAAUCAAGUUUAUUUGGGUUUAGUUUUAGUGGUACUCGAUCUCGGCCACCAUCUCCUCAGCCUGAUAUGUCAGCUGUUUCUGAAAAGUUUCGAGGCUUUGGCUCCUCCUUUCUCAGUUCUGCAUCUAAUUUGAUCUCCUCAGCUGUUCAUGAGGAGCCUUCUACAACACCACCAACAUCCCGCAAAGGUUCUACAACUUCUCAAACUUCUGGAAAGAUCACUACAAUUCCAUCUACUGCUCAAAAUAAGCAAGAAGGAAAAAUGGAAUCUAAAAUCAAAUCGGAAGUCCAAUUGUCAAGGUCAGAUACACCUCUCUCAGAAUCACUUGGAUCUUGCCCAAUCUGCAAGGCUGACCUUAAGCAGGAUCCACCUAACCACACUGACUGUACUGGAUGCCAGAAAACUGUGUGUAACCUUUGUGGAUUCAGUUCUGUGUCACAAGAAAGAGAGGACAAGAAAUGGUUAUGUCUGGACUGCCACAAGCAGCAAGCACCAGGACCGCCACCUACACAGCAACCUGUGCAACCUACACAGCAACCUCGACAAGAGACAACCAAGAUACCACCAGCAGCACAAAAGCAAGUGGCUGAAACUGCAGAUGAUCCACAUAAAAAGCCAAGAAAUGCACCUGAUGCUACAAUUAAAUCUGCUCAAGUUGUAAAAAAAGAGGAUAAAUCACGACCACCAUCUCCUCAACUGGCAGCUUCUGCAGUUUCUGGGAGAGUUCUAGGUUUUGGCUCCUCCUUCUUCAGCUCAGCUUCAAAUCUGAUCUCUUCAGCUAUUCAAGAUGAACCAUCCAUCACACCACCAACCUCUCGAAAGGGUUCAACAAUUUCUUUAAAAAAUACUUCGACCCCACCUGUAUCCCACAAGAGUGCAGCACAGCAACAAGAGGAAAAGAAAGAAAAAGAAAAUAAAUUGCAAGACCAGUCGGCAAAGGAAACAGUUCCUCCUCUGAAAAAGGAAGCAGCACAUUUAGAGCUUUUGAAAGCUUGUCCACUCUGUAAGGCUGCCCUCAAGGAAGAUCCACCCAACUAUAACACCUGCACACAAUGUAAAAACAUUGUGUGUAGCCUUUGUGGAUUUAGUCCUGUUCCACAAGAAAAUGAGAGCAAGAAAUGGUUAUGUUUGGACUGCCACAAACUGCAAGCACCAGGACCUCCACCUAAACACCUCCAACAAGAGAAACCUUCAGCAGCACCAAAGCAGGAAGCUGAAACUACAGAUAAUCCAGAGAAAAAGCCAAAACUCCCAAUUGAUGCCACAAUUAAAGAUGCUGAAGUUGCAAAAAAAGAGGAUAAUUUGAGUACAGCAGAGUCACAGAAACCCAUUGCUGUUCAGUCAGCACAACGGUCCUCUUCUGACACACCUGCUGUUCCAAAAAAUGCUGAAACAUCAAAGGAAGAAACAAGCUUUUUCAGUUUUAGUUCUGGCAGUGCUAAGUCACCAUCUCCUAAGCCUGAUGUCACUGCUGUUUCUGAAAAAGUCAGAGGGUUUGGCUCAUCCUUUUUUAGCUCAGCGUCUAAUUUGAUUUCAUCGGCUCGUCAAGAUGAACCUCCUACCACACCACCGACUUUGAGAAAGGGCUCUACAAUUUCUCAAAGAUCUGAAAAAGAUACCCCAACACCCCAUUCAUUGCACAAGGAAACAACAAAACAGAAAGAAGUUGAAAAGACAGAACGGAAAAUUACAUCAGAUAACCAGUCAACCGUGUCACCUCCUUUUGUUGUAAAAGAUGAGCAUCCGAAUAAGCUGCUUAAAUCUUGUCCACUCUGCAAGGUGGCUCUCACAGAAGAUCCACACAACUAUGACACCUGCACUGAAUGUAAAACCACAGUUUGCAAUCUUUGUGGAUUUAGUCCUAUGUCACAAAAAACUGAAGUAAAAGAAUGGCUUUGUUUGAACUGCCAGAUGCAGAGAGCACCUGGAGCUCAGCCUCAGGAACAGGUUAAUAAAGUACCACCACCAUCAUCACCACAACAGAAGGUGAAAUUACUUGCUGGAAAGCCAGAGGAUAAACCUACUCAAGCAGAGACAAUGAAAUCCAUUUCUACACCUGCUAAGCAACAAUCAAUUUCUCCAACACCAAAAGCUGAACCUUCAAAGAAGGAGUCCAGUUUUUUUGGUUUUGGUGGUGCUCGUUCUCGAUCUCCAUCUCCUCAGCCAGCUGUUUCUGGAAAGGUUCUAGGUUUUGGGUCUUCUCUCUUUAGCUCUGCAUCUAAUUUAAUCUCUUCAGCUGUUUAUGAUGAACCUGCAACGCCACCAACACCUCGUAAGGGUUCUGUUACAUCUCACACUACUGUAAAGCCCACACCGGCAACAACUACAUCUCAGAAACAAUCACUAGAGCCAGAGAAACAUCUCAUUAAAGAAAACAAAACUCAACCCACAGAGGAAAAUCCUACUGAUGCAAAAAAACAGGAGGAUAAACUAAAUGAAAAACAAGUGAAAAUUACCAAGGCAACAGAUGAAUCUCCAAAAGUGGAAGAAACUGCUAAACAUCAGAAUGUUGCUUGUCCUCUCUGUAAGAUACCACUUAAUGUUGGCACAAAUGAAGCACCUAACUUCAAUACCUGCACAGAGUGCAAGACCACAGUGUGCAACCUCUGUGGAUUUAACCUCAUUUCGUAUCAGACUGAGGUUUCUGAAUGGCUUUGCCUAACCUGCCAAACACAGAGAGCAUUAAAGGGAAUUGAACUACAAGAGCCACAAGCAAAACUAGAUAUUGAACCCACUUCAACAUUGUCUCCAAGCAAAAUAAAACCCAAAACAGAUACUGAGAUACAUAAGAUUCAGGCACCUAACGAAGAUGCAGAUCAAAAUGUAGCUUCUAACCUUACUCCAAAUGAAAAUGAUAACAUUUCAAAUGCAGCCUCAGCCCAAGUAAAAGAUGUUGCAAAUGACAUGGUUGUGAAAGAAGCCCAAGAAAAAGAAACUGUUGCUGAAGUGGUGGCUCCAACAAAAGAUAUGGUGUCUAUUAAAGCAGCAGUUAUCAAUGAGGAUCACAAGUCUGGAGUUCCACAGAAACCUGAAAUCGACCAAGAAACAACUGGAAAGACAACAGACAGUAAAUCUGAAAUUAACAACCAAGUUCAAUCUAAAUCUUCUACACCAGAGCAAAAAAUCUCAAAGCAGGAAUCAGGCCUGUUUGCAUUUGGAUUUAGCAGUACUAAAUCACAAUCUAUACCCUCUAAACCAUCUAACACAGGAAACACAGGAAAGCUCUUUGGCUUUGGUGGUUUGACUGAGGCACCUUCACCACAGUCUUCUUCUGUUUCUGGAAAAGUUUUAGGUUUUGGAUCUUCCAUCUUUAGCUCAGCUUCUAAUCUGAUCUCAUCAGCUGUUCACGAUGAACCAUCUACAACACCACAAAGUUCCCGUAAGGGUUCCACAGUUUCCCAGGCAUCUAUCAAAUCAGCCACACCACCCUCUUCUCGUAAAGGUUCAGCAGUUUCCCAAACUUCUCUUAAGACACCACCAACUACUCGGAAGGGUUCAGCUGCUUCCCAGUCCUCCUUCAAGGAUUCUUCUAAUGGAGAUGUUAACCCGUCUGAUUUGAAAAAACAGACAGUAGAAGAGAAGUUAAAGGUCAAGCUAGAUAUUACAUCUUCUGAACCUGCCAAACCACCUGAUUCACAGAAACCUAUUGAGAAAACACCAGUUGAGAAAUCAGAAGUCAAAUUAUGUGCUUCUUUGCAACCAACUGCUAAUCUGGAUCAGUCUAUUUGUCCUAUCUGCAAAGUACAGCUAAAUAUAGCCUCUGAAGACCUGCCUAAUUUCAACAGUUGUACUGAAUGUAACAGCAUUGUAUGCAGUCAGUGUGGAUUUGAUCCCAUGCCAAAUCAGACAAAGGUAAAACACUGGCUUUGCAUGAAUUGCCAGAAGCAGAGAGCAAAAAGAGGAAUAGAACUAACAAAAGAUUUCAUGAUAAACCCUCACCCAACAUUUCCAAAAAAGAACCAGUCACCAACUUUAGAGCGCAAAUUAGUUGAAACAUCCACUGUACAUGUAGAUGGGAAGACCGCAUCUGACCUAGAGGUGGUAAAGAAAGAUCUUCAAAAUCCAAGUUCAAAUGAAAAUGUGCCUCCUCCUAAAAAAGAGCUGCCCCAACAAAAGGCACAAAUAGAAAAUGAGGAAAAAUCACAAAUAAAACCUUCUGAGUCACCAGCCAGAUCCACUCUACCCUUACAGCCUGAGAUUCCAAAGCAGCAAUCAAGUUUCUUUGGAUUUGGUGUCAGUACGGGUAAGUCUCAACCUACCUCUUCUAAGUCGUCUGAAUCAACAACUGGGAAGCGCUUCGGAUUUUCUGGGUUGACUGAGACAGCCAGAUCACGAUCACCAUCACCACAGUCUAUGACUAAUGCCCCUGGGAAGUUUUUAGGCUUUGGAUCAACAAUCUUUAGUUCUGCAUCGAAUUUGAUUUCAUCAGCUCUCCAGGAUGAGUCAUCCCCACCGGUCUCUCGUAAAGGCUCUACAGUGUCUCAGUCAUCAACACCACCUACUUCUCGCAAGGGUUCUAUAAUCUCCACUGGAGAGCACAGAGCUCCCAUAUCCAAGAAGCUAGAUGACAAGCCUGUAGCAAAGAAGACAGAAGACCCUAAUGUGACCGAAACCAGGUCAUCUUUGUCUGAAAAGCAGGAAGCUAUGCAAUUGGAAGUUAAAGGUCUGCCUAAAUCUCCUUCCAUAGCAUGCCAACUAACCUGCCCACUUUGUAAAAUGGAUCUUAAUGUUGGCUCAGAGGAACCUUCCAACUACAAAACAUGCACAGAGUGCAAAGAUAUGGUGUGUAACCUCUGUGGAUUUAACCCCAUGCCUCACCUUGCAGAGGGAGAGUGGCUAUGUUUGAAGUGCCAGACACAGAGAGCACUAUCUGGUAAAUUGGGAGACAUGGGAGAACUUCCUAGACCAUUACCUACAUCGGGUGCUGAGUCAGCAGUUUUGCCCACAGCCCAAACAAUCAAAGGUUCACAAGUUGUCCAGGGCUCUGAAACACCUGUUCCUGUUUUCCUUAAACCUACAUCUGAGGAACAAAUAGUGGUCUCAAAAGUACAACCUGUGGAAUCUAUUGCUGCUCCUCCUGCUUCAAUACAAUCAACAGAAUCCACCUCCAAUAAAGCUGCUGACAAAACAGAUGAGUUGAAAUGUCCAUCCCAAGAACUAACAGUAAAAGAGGAGAAUUUGACUUCAGAUGAACCUCUACAGAUUGCAGAGAUACCACCUAGCAAAGCUGUCAUCAAAACACAUGAUUCAAAAAGUGAAAUUGCACAACCAGUGGCGAUGUCAGAAGAUGAACCAACAAAGGCAAUGGACCCACCAAUCAUAUUGGAGCCCCCCUGUGUUAAUUCAUCAACUGAAAUGAAGCAGACUUUUGGACUUACAUCUAUGACAGCAAACUUGGCAGAGGAUUUAGCAUUUCCAGAUAAAGUUAUCCAAAAUGAAGAGACUUUAAUUCAGUUAAAUAUUACACCUACCACACCCAGUGAGCAUGAAAGCACAGUACUGUCAGGAUCACUGGACAAUACAUGCAACUUCAGGGUGAAUGAUAAAAAAGACCCACAGGGACAUAAUGUAUUUCCAGUUUUACCUGAGUCAUACAGUUCAUCUGACGAGGAACUUAAAGAGAUUCAGAAGGCUAGUGAGUCCCUUCUGAAGGAAACUGAGGCAGACCUGGCUCUUAUUAAAGAGACGGUGUGUACAAAGCAUUUUUCUGGAGAGGAAGAAUUCAUACAGACACAUCGAAAACAGACAAGUGCAGAUAAGGAUUUGCAACCAGCUUAUCACCAAAGUUACAUCAAAAAAGAGAUAAAAAAAAAAGAUGAAGUCAGUGAUGCAGGCACUGAAAGUAUUGACCAAGAAGCAGAAAGGAUCAUAAAGCAACUUAAUGUGGCUGAGGAAAGUGCUGAUAGUUGCUACUUGUCUCAAGACCAAGAAGACCAAUUAAUGGCCAAUCCUCUAAAAACAUUUCUCCUGGAUGAUAAUAAAAAGGAAGAAACCACAGACCUUAACAGCACAGGAGCUAUUUCAGUACAGCAAAAUGUUACUAUCGGUCAAAUUUCAGAAGAAGAGAGUUUAGCUGAGGAUAUGUCUAAAGAUGGUGGAUCUUCCAGUGUGCAUGCAUCCCACAUCACAUCAGGAACCACAUCACCUACAUCACUGUCCUCACUUGGUGAAGAAAGUGAUAGCAGUCUAGGUCACAAGAAGGAGAGUUUAGAGGGCAAGCAGCACCGGAAAGUUAGGCAUAGGCAAGGUCAACUUCUUCAAACUAUAGCAGACUCCUCCGAGGAGGACGAAAUCCUCGAGAAAGGAGAUCAGCUUACUGAACAGGAAAUACAAAGGGAGACUGAUCAAAGGCAGUUUAAAAAGGCUUUCAAAAAAUCAAAUAAAGAAAAAGACAAAUUGCUAGAUCGUCCCUCAAAUAAUCACUCUCUGAUAGAGGGCAUAUCUCCAACUGAUGAAGUACUACAGUUUUCAGAGAUACAAACAUACGAAACAUUUUCUUACUCAAACAUAUCGCCAAGUACAGAGUCAGAACAAGAAACAGUUCCUAGCCAGGAAAUGCCACCGAUUAAUGUGAUGCUUGACGUUGAAGAGAAACCGUUGAAGAGUGCAGAUGAGGCAUAUGAAGAAAUGAUGCAAAAAGCCCAAAAAAUUAAAGCUAUGACAAAGAAAAUCACUCCACCUGAUAUUGAGCCACUCUACGGAGGCAUGCUGAUAGAGGACUAUGUUUAUGAGUCUCUAGUGGAGGAACCAGCACUGGCUAUAGGAGUUGACCAUAAUAUCACUUUGGAUGAGUACUUGACUAAUGUGUCUGUUCCGGAAACUGAAAGAAAGCUUAGAACACCAGAGGAGGCUUAUGAGGAGAUGCAGAAAAACAGAGAGCUUCUGCUAAAAGAUCAAACAUUUGAACAGCUAAAAGAAUUAAACAAAUCAGCUCCUCACAGCAAUACCACUGUGAAUGUUCUAACUGACUCUUGCUUUGUAAAUAUGUCAGAAAGCUAUGAGUUUACAAAACAGCAAGAUGAAAAUUGGCAGUGGUAUGCUGAAACUGCAAAUGAUGAACUUUUAAAUAGAGACAAAGAAGUCAUGACACCAGAAACAAGCCCUACACAAUCAACUCCUUUAUCACCGGUAUCACCUUUGUCUUCGUCUGAGCCUUUGGAUGAUUCCGCUGAAGUAAUACAAAUUCCUCUAAGUGGGGAAGAGGAUAGUGACAAGGAUGAGUUUGCAGCUGAACCUAUUGAGUGUGCUAUGAUGCCUUUCAAGGCUGACUCAACGUCUGCACAAGAUCAGCCCGCUAAAAAUGUUCUCUAUCCUAUUCCUGACCUGAAAAUAACUCAGUGUUCAUCUGGUGAAGAGGAGGCUGAGGAUGAAGAGAGCAUUACACAAGAGUAUGAAAUCGUUAUGUUGAAUGGUAUUUCUCAGGGUGAUGACAGGUUAGAAGAAGUUUCUGAAUUUAAAGAAUCUUUAAUAGAAGCACAAUCAAUAGAGUCUGAGCCAACAUCUGUUGUGUCUGAAGUUCCACCAAGUUCCACAAAAUCAGCAACUGAAUAUGAGUCCCUUGUUUCACCUUUGGAUUCACAAGCAUCUCCUCUGUCUCCAAAAGAUUUGACAGCAUUUGCCUCAAGCCUUGGAGAUCAAAUUGCAGUGCAAACCUCUGAUCCACCAAAAACCUAUGUUGCUGAAAGAUCAACAAGGAUGAAUCAUGCAUUUGAUUCUGCACAUGUUAUAAUUUCAAUGGCAGAAUUAACACAUCAAGAUGUAGUGCAACCUACUCCUUUCAGUGAAAUUUCUUUUGAGGAAGUUGUUAGCACCUCCCAAGUUGCUGAAUCUACUGAACAAACCACAAACGUCUCAACAAUUUUACCUAGUAUGUCUGUUACUAAACCAUUCGCUCCAAAGCCAACAACAGUUCCUUCUACACAAGAUUUUGUUGUUUCUGAAUCAUCAGUGACCCCAAUUUCCAAGCCACCACUUGCUCUAAAACCAAGGUCUACUCCAAAGCCCACCACUGAUGCAGUUAUUGUUACAAUACAGGAUGGAGUAUCACAGCCUGAUUCAGUUUUACAGACUGUAGAUUCAAAAAUAAUUCUGGAACCAACAAAUCUUGUUGAUUAUUCAACCCUUAUGUCAACAUCUACAGUAACAUCAGUGUCCUCACAUGAGCAAAUUAUUGCUUCAAACUUAGGUCAUACAAUGAGUGUAACUUCAAAUUCUUUUGUGCCUCAUGUGUUUUCUACAUCUGAGUGUCCAAUUCAAGUACCAUCGUUAUUUGAUCCAAGAUAUACUGGAAGAGAACACACAUCUCCUGCCAUUGUUUCUGAGCCUGUUCCAAUUGUUGUUGAAAUGCCAGACCUGAUGUCUUUACAUUCAUUAUAUCCAAUACAUAGUAUAGGUACAAUAUCUACUCUAGCGCACACUCCAGCUUUAACAUAUACCUCAGCCAUAGAUAAAGGACCUAUUUCUGCCCCAAGUGCAGUAUCAACAUACAGCUCAAUAGACGAUCUCAGUCCAGUCCAGAGUGUAUCUGUUGCACAAUGUGUUUCUUCUUCGUCAGUGGAACAGAGCUAUAUUUGUUCAUCCAUGUCAGAGCUAACCAAACCAAAUUUUCUAGUCAAUUCAUUUAUACAACGGUCACAAAUUUCACCCCCUAUUCUUGCUUCAGAUACAACAGUUUUGACCCCAGCAAUUAAAACUCCUAUUUCUUAUGUUGAUGAAGACAAAUUACUUGUGGAAACAAAGGAUGCCCAUAAACUCCCUGUUGAAGUUUCACAAACCCAUCAGUAUGUAGAGCAUUCUACCACAAACAUUUUUCCCACCAUUAGUACAACUGUCACCUUUGUAACACAGGCUUCUCUACCAACUCAGUCAACAGUAGAGGACACAAAGCCAAACAAUUUUCAACCUGCAGUAGAUGUCUCUCGGAUUGCAACUCCAACUCUGCAGACAGCACAAGGUACUGCUAUCAUUGUACCAAGUGUUGAAAAAGAAAUAAAGGACUUCAUUUCCAAUACAAUGGCAGCCUCCAUUCAACAAGUUAGAGGUCCACAUGUUGUUGUCAGUAUAUCCCCUGUUAUCAGUUCAGAGGCUUCUACUUGUGGGGGACCGAAAGCUACUUUACCAAGUGACUUAACAUUUGUGUCAGCAGAAACUGUACCUCAAGUGACAACUAUCUCCAGAGAAAGAGCAGAUAAGCCAGUCAUUGAAUUUCCGCCACCUCCUGCAGCUUCUCCACCAGCACUGCUAUCUGAUAGUUCACCUUGUACACCUUUUAACCAACAGUCAUUGGAAAGCACUAAUACUGAGCCUUUAAAAAGUAUAGCCAGCCAAGCACCUGGAGCAGCAGUGAAACAAGUUACAACCACCAUACACAAGUCACCUCCUCCAGUCCCACCUAAGCCGUUUUGUGUACCAAGUGGCCUAGUGUUUAGUCACAAAACAAGAGAAAGUGUUAAACCAUCAGUAAUUGCUGAAUCUGCAGUUGUCCAUGCUGCAACCUUACCAAGAACAAGAGAGCCUCCGAAGGCCCUUCCAUUGUCUUUGACUGCGCCAACUGAUAUCAAACACAGUAUUUCAUCCCCAAAAUCUCCCUUGUCACCUAGAUUUGCUAAAACUCUUGAGACCUACGUGGUUAUAACAUUGCCAUCAGAACCAGGAUCACCAGUGGAAGGUGUUACAACCCAGGCUCCUCUAACUAGAUCUUUUUCAUCUCCUAAGAAUCAUGGAACAUCUAUUGUAUCAACAAUUUUUACUUCACCUGUGGUGUCUGCCCCGGUGACUAUAAUUUCAAAGCAUGAAGUAGCUACCACACCAAAAAUGAUAUCUGCCCCUGUUUUGACUUCACAAUAUAUUUCCGGGAAAACUGGAGAUUCUGUGGCAGAUGUUACAAGCACGAUGAUUUUAACAACAGUUGCUCCAGCAUCAAAUACAGUUUCAGUGCCACAUUAUGCAGCACCAAACACUGCAUAUGAGUCCCAAAUAAAAACAGGUGUACUACCAAUCAAAAUGUAUGAGGAAAAAACUAUUUAUUCUUCAUCACCUAUGACUACAAUAUAUACUGCACCAACAGUGGUUUCCAUUCCCACAGUAACAUCACCUGUUCUGGCUGAAAUUCCAGACAUGACUAUAGAUCCCAAAAUAAAUACUGUGUCAACAGGGAUUUUAGCUACAGGAUCAGUACCAGUACCGCAUUCAGUAGCGACAAGCCAUGCAUUUCAGUCCCAAAUAGAGACAGUUUUACAACCAAUCAAAAGGGAAACGUGUGAUGAAAAAGCCAUUUACUCUGUACCACCCGUGACUGCGACAAUAUAUCCUGCACCAACAGUGGUUACAAUGCCCACUGUAGCAUUAACAGUUGUGACUGAAAUUCCAGACAUGUCAAUAGAACCAAAAAUAAAUACUCCAUCUGCAGUGUUUUCAGAGCCAGCAUCAAGCCCAGCUUUUGUGCCCCAAAUAGAAACAGAUACUGUAGAGCAAGUCAAGAACGAAAUUGUAGGGGACAAAUCUAUUUACUCAGCAUCGUCAGUAUAUCCUUCUGCAGCAACAUCACCAGAUACAUUGCUUGCAGUAACAGUUGUGGCUGAAAUUCCAUCAAUGUCCAUAGAACAAAAUACAAAUAAGGUUUCAACAGUGAUUCCAUCUGUAGGCGUUUGUGCAAGUCAUAUUUCAGCCCCACAAACCAAUGGUCAUCCAGUGGCACCUAUAUCACUAUUAAAACAAGAAAUACCUGUAAAGGUAAUGCCAACAGCCUUUACAGAAGGUUUUACUCCAUUGUCUUCAAGGGAACCUUUAAUUUCACAUGGUACCAUGCAAGGGCUUGAGAGACAAAUUUUUCAAACGGUUUAUCCUGCUCCAACAAUAAUGAACAAACUAUCUUUGACCACAGAAAAUCAAGGCAUUCAAAUGUUGGAAAUGGAAGAACAACCUAAAUCUACAAAAAGUCCAUCCUUUGACCAGAUUCAACAGCACCAAGUAUUCUUGGAAUCACAACAAAUGACGCCAUCAGUGUCCACAUCAACAUAUAUACCAACAACACCUCUAACAUUUGCUCAAUUUAAACAAUCAGUUGAAAGUCAAGAAAAGGGAAGUGAGAAAGUGUUGUCCAGCAUGAGCCAACUGUACUCUACACAUGCAUCAACGGAACAGCACCAAUAUGCAUUGCCCAAUCUUUUGGCACAAGUUGUCAAAACUGAAGUCCAGAGAACUACUACAGUAUCAGUUGUUCAAGAAAGAAUACCUCUACAACCUAUUUUAGAUACAUGCAAACAAGCCACACCUAAACCAAGUGGAAAAACACAUUGCAGUGAUAAUGUUAUAGAUCUCACAACACUAAAAGGCAGUGUUUCAAUGACUGACAAUGGAAUAGAUCUCACAGCACCUGAUUCAAAUCUUCAGUCUUUCUUAACUGAUUCAAUUAAUCGACAGAUAACAACUGUUCAGCCAGAAAUUGUAAACCUAAGUGCUGAGAUAACUCCUGCUACAACACUCUCUGUUGUGACAGACAGUAUCACUGUUGUAGCCUGUACUGCAACAAUUACAUACAACAGUAACAUUACAGUGGACACACACCCCAGUGUACAAAGUGUUACUUCAAUACCUCUGCCACUUAAAACAUACAAACAAUUUCAACCCCUGGCACAAAUAGUUUACAGACCAGUAAAUUCAAUACCAAAACAAACCACUAGUACAGAGAUCCCCUUUAACUUAUCAUUUGGGCCUGCUGAUACCACAGCACCUUUAUCUUUACCUGUCAUAAUGACCCCAAUAAUCUGCACACCAUCCAGUGAACUUAAACAUAUUGAGCCUUCAGCAGGUGGAGCUAUUGAUCUGACAAUGUCAAAGCCAAAGAAAACUAUGUUGACUGUUACUUGCUCCACUGGGAUGGUAACAAGUGUUGUUGAAGAUGAUAUGGAACCUGUAGAUCUGACAGCAGGAAGGCAAACAGUUUGCUGUGACAUGCUCUAUAGACUUCCAUUCACAGGAAGCUGUAGAACACAGCCCCCAUUGACUACUACGGAUAAACAGGUUGGCGUAAGCAAUUAUGGUCAACAUCAUGCCACAAUUCUUGAGGAUCUAAGUAAAAUCAAACCAUUCAAACAAACUGAUCCGCUCAACAAAAAUGGACUCGUCAGCCCAAAUGAUGCGCCAGAUGGGGCAAUUGAUUUGACAUCAGCAAAAAUGUCAAGAGAUGAAGCCCUGGACUACUCAAAGAAAGGCACAAUGCAAUUUUCUACGAUAUCCACCACUCACUCUUCCCAAAGAUUAUCCUCAGGAAAUAAUACUGUACAAAGAUCAUCGAAUGGAGUUGUGUACACACCUGUCGCUCCACCCAUUUCUUCCACAUUUGCAAUUACUACUCAGCCUGGUUCAAUUUUCAGUACAACAUUAAACAGUCUUACCACUGCAACAAAGCCAUUUGCAACACAGAUCCAGACUAUACCAUAUAAUCAAAUGAAUUCCACUGAAUGCAACCAGUCAAUAUUCUUAGGAUCUGAUCCAUCCAAGGAUAUAUUGCCUUCUGCCAUUGCCACCCUGCUACCCUCAAUAUCAGCCUUCCCAGAACUAUACUCUGAUGGCACCCUUGAGGUCAUUGCAGCCUCUCUGGAUGCUCUUGUGUCCCCAAGUUUCCCAACCUUUGAUGACAGCAAGAGUCAACAAUACCAAGCCGAACACGAAUUUUUGCAAUUAGAGAAACUGAAGCAGCUGUGCCUGGCUGAGGAGCUUGAAUGGGAGAGACAGGAGAUACAACGUUAUCGUGAACAGGAACAAUUCAUUGUACAAAAGGAAUUAGAGGAACUACAAAGCAUAAAACAACAGCUUCUAAUGCAGCAAGAAGAGGAACGCAAGGCUCAUCUUAUUAUUCAACAGGAGACAUUUGCCCAGCAGCAACUACAGCUUGAGCAAAUCCAACUGCUACAGCAACAACUACAGCAACAAUUACAGGAACAAAAAAUAUAUCCAUAUGGCUUUGAUGGCAUAUCUCAAACCUCUAGCUCAGGUGUAGUCCUGGAUUCCCGGUACUGCAAAGGAGAUAAUGGACAGUACUGGCCAGUGAAGGAUGACAACAUAUUGUCAAAAGUCCCUGUUUCUGCAACUACUCAAGAUUGUCACAGUUCACCAUCUGGUGAUUUAUUGCAUCAUAGCUUAAAAAUUCCUAAAUCAGAUGAUGAUCUUAAAGAAACUGGGGAAAAGAAGCAAGAUCCAGAAAAGCAGCCUGCCAUAACCAAGCAAAAUGUAGGGUUAAGUAGUAAAAAAAUAAGUAGUAAUUGUGUUCAGACAGAAGAGGAGGAAGGAUUUGAAAGGCCAUACCCUGGAAAGAGAAGAAGAAGUCGGAAAAGUGUAGAUAGCUGUGUGCAAACUGAUGAUGAGGAUCAGGAUGAAUGGGAUGUUCCUGUUAGAAACAGGCGCAGGUCUCGGUCCAGCAAAUAUUCUGAAGGAGAAAAGAUUAAAUGCUCCAAAGUAUCCAGCAUUGCAAUCCAAACUGUGGCUGAAAUCUCAGUACAGACAGAUCAUUCUGGAACCCUAAAGAAGUCUCCAUUCCGAGCUCAAGUAGAUACUACAUUUGACCUGCACAGAGAAGUAGAAAUGGAGAGUGACUCAGAUUUGACCUCAGACAAAGAUAAGAAACAUUCAGCUCCCGUUGAAGUUGGUGUCAAUGCCCAUCUAAAAGCAGAUGGUAUUAGUAUAACUUCAGUACCCAAAUCUCCAAAGGUCUUAUACUCCCCAGUCUCACCUGUGUCUCCCGGAAAGGUCACUCAAAAAAUGCUAACAGCUGAACCACCAAGACAGCUAAGUAGCCCAAGAUCACUAAGGGCUUCACAGCGAUCUCUGUCUGAUCCCAAGUCUCUGAGUCCAACACCUGAUGACAGAAUCAUAUACCAGUACUCAGAUGUAUGCUCAACCAAAGUUUCACAGAGCAGUACACCAGUGGGCUCCCACAAAAAAAUAAAACGUACCCUUCCGCAUCCACCACCAGAGGAAGGCACUAUUGGCUCCUUGGGAUACAGUACCGGUUCAACCCGAAGAAGAAUAUGUAGAAAUACCACCAUGGCUAGAGCUAAAAUCCUACAAGAUAUUGACAAAGAGUUGGAUUUGGUUGAGAGAGAAUCUUCCAAACUCCGUAAGAAGCAAGCAGAACUAGAUGAAGAAGAAAAAGAAAUAGAUGCCAAGCUGAGGUAUCUUGAAAUGGGUAUUAACAGAAGAAAGGAGGUUUUGUUAAAAGAAAGAGAGAAGAGGGAGAGAGCAUAUUUACAAGGUGUGGCAGAGGAGCGUGACUAUAUGUCUGAUAGUGAGGUUAGUAAUAACAGAGAUACACGGAGUAAUGGUCAUGGACGGGAACGACCAAGGACUGCACCUCAGUCUGAAUUCAACCAGUUCAUUCCACCACAGACUGAAGCUGAUUCUCAUUAUGCACAACUUGCGUAUACUCAUUAUCAGUAUGCCUCCCAAAGUGAAUCCCCAAGUCACUAUUCCCAGCAAACUCUGUACCAACAGCCAUCACUUUAUCAACAACAUGUGUCUCCCUAUCAAACCCAGUCAAUAUACUCGUCAGUACCUUCACUUGGCCAGCAAUCACAGCAAACAGGUUUUGACCAUGCCUCCCAACUCCUUCUAAUGCAACAGAAAACUCGGCAAACUACUUUGUCUGACUUGGAGCCAAAAAUAACCACAAAUUACGAAGUUAUACGGAAUCAACCUCUCCUAAUUGUCCCCACAUCUACAGAGAGUGCCUAUGGGGUCUCACACCUGGCAAGUAAAUAUAAUAAUCUAGACCUUAGAAUCGGGCUUGAGGAAAGAGGAAGUAUGGCCAGUAGUCCCAUGUCCAGCAUUUCAGCAGAAUCCUUUUAUGCAGACAUUGAUCAUCACAAUGUCAGAAACUAUGUUAUGAUUGAUGACAUAGGUGAGCUCACCAAGGGGUCCAGAGGCUUGGGCUCAAGCUUCAAUGUUCCUGAUAAGGAUAUCAGCAAAAGUGAUCGGCUUCUUCGUGUUGCUGAUGUUCGAAGAACAGCAGAUGUAAGUGACUUCAUUGGCCCUCUACAGGCCACCACUAGAUUACAUUCAUAUGGUAAGCCAGAGGAGGACUCCAUGGAAGAGCCAUAUGAGUUAAAGCUUCUAAAACAGCAAAUAAAGCAAGAAUUCCGGAGGGGAACUGAUGGUCUGGAUCAACUCGCAGGUCUUCCUCAGUACUUACACACUGAAAGCUUUAGACAUUUUCCUAAAUCGGAAAAAUAUAGCAUUGGAAGACUUACACUUGAAAAGCAAGCUGCUAAGCAGCUGUCCGCCUCAGUCCUUUACCAGAAACAGAUAAAGAAUAAAAGAACUCUAAUUGAUCCAAAAAUUACAAAGUUUUCCCCAAUACAAGAGAGCCGAGACCUGGAACCUGAUUACAGCAGUUUUUUAGCCCCCACUGGCUCAACAAUGGGAGGACUGUCCAACAGAGUGAGGCUGCUUCAGGACGAGAUCACAUUUGGCCUGAGGAAGAAUAUAGCAGAACAGCAGAAAUACCUGGGCUCUACACUUACCACCAACCUGGCUCAGUCGCUGAAUCUUGGCCACUCUGUCAACCUUGGCCCGAAUUUGAGAUCCCUCCCAGAUGAUGGUACUUAUCCUAGUGGCACCCGGUCCAGACCUUCUUCCAGACCUUCCUCUGUAUAUGGACUUGACUUGUCCAUUAAAAGAGACCUUUCCAGUUCUUCAUUAAGGUUAAAGUCAGAAGGUGAAGGCAUGGAUUCCCAGUUUGGAAUAGCAAGGGUAAAACCAACUAGUUUACCUAUUAGCCAAAGCAGGGGCCGCAUUCCCAUUGUGGCACAGAACUCAGAAGAAGAGAGCCCACUGAGCCCAGUUGGGCAACCAAUGGGUAUGGCAAGGGCAUCUGCAGGACCACUACCACCUAUCUCUGCUGAUUCCCGAGACCAGUUUGGUUCCAGUCACUCUUUGCCAGAGGUACAACAGCAUAUGAGAGAAGAAUCAAGAACACGUGGCUAUGAUAGGGAUAUAGCCUUUAUUAUGGAUGACCUACAAGGAGCUAUGUCAGACAGUGAAGCAGGAGGUCCUAGCUGGAAAGUAGAAGCCUACCAUCUGCAGCAUGAAGAGACGGAUUGGUUUGAUAAACCACGUGAGGGACAUGGCGGAUUAAAGCCAGGACAAGAUAAAAGACAGGUGAAAGUUAUGCAUUACCCUUUCCCCCACACUCGCAUUAAACUUCAGAGGGACCCAAAGGACUACAGUGUUUCAGGGGGUGGUUUUGGUAUAAGAAUAGUGGGAGGAAAGGAGAUUCCAGGUACUAAUGGAGAGAUUGGAGCAUACAUUGCAAAUUUGGCACCUGCAGGCACUGCUGAACUUUCAGGAAAGGUUAUAGAAGGAAUGCAGGUCCUGGAGUGGAAUGGAAUCCCUCUGAUUGGAAAAACCUAUGAGGAGGUUCAGAGCAUUGUGGGUCAACAGAGUGGGGAAGUUGAAAUAUGUUUGCGCCUAGAUCUGAAUAUGUGCUCAGACUCAGAAAGCCCCAAGUUUCUAGAGCUGCAGUCUCAGCUAAAAGUCGCUGAACACCAGCGUUCUCCUGGUGUCGAUCCUAAGCAGUUGGCUGCAGAGCUGCAGAAAGUCUCUCAGCAGCAGGCUCCUUCCUCCUCAGUGCUGACUGUGCUGGAGAAAGCAGGACAUCUUCACUCUGCUACAGCAUCCACUGCUUCCAGUGGAGUCCCAAGUCCUGGACAGCCUGGAUCUCCCUCUGUUAGCAAGAAACGUCACAACAAGACAGGUGAUGGAGUGAAACCGCAGCCACAUCCCAUCACUGGUGAAAUACAACUACAAAUCAAUUAUGACAAGAAUAUGGGUAACUUGAUCGUCCAUGUUCUACAAGCCCGAAACCUUGCACCAAGAGACAACAAUGGAUAUUCAGACCCUUUUGUUAAGGUGUAUCUUCUGCCAGGGAGAGGACAAGUCAUGGUUGUCCAAAACGCAAGUGCUGAGAAUAAGAGAAGAACUAAAUAUGUGCAGAAGACCCAGAACCCUGAGUGGAACCAGACUGUUAUCUAUAAAAACAUUCACCUCGAGCAGCUGAAGAGAAAAACACUCGAGGUGACAGUAUGGGACUAUGCCAAAUAUUCGUCCAAUGAUUUCUUGGGAGAAGUGCUUAUAGAUCUGUCUAACACUGCUCAAUUGGACAACAUGCCUCGCUGGCACCCCCUGAAGGAACAAAGUGAAAGCAUCCACCAUGGUAAAGGACAUCCACCAAAUGGAGGCGGUGGGGGAUCAGGUGGCCAAGGAGGCCAAGGAAGCCAUGGAGGUCAGAGAGGCCCUGGAGGAUCAGGUGGUCCCGGGGGCACGGAAGGGCAACCGAGCAACGAACAGUCGCCCAAAACCUCUGUCAUCAAGAGCAGAAGUCAUGGAAUAUUCCCCGACCCAGCUAAAGAUACUCAGGUCCCUACUAUUGAAAAAUCCCAUAGUAGCCCAGGCAGCUCGAAAUCCUCAUCUGAGAGUCAUCUGCGUUCGCAUGGCCCCUCUCGCAGUCAGAGCAAGAGCAGUGUUACUCAGGCACACCUCGAGGAUGCUGGGAACGCCAUCGCUGCUGCUGAGGCCGCAGUGCAACAAGCCCGCCUGCAGCCAAACAGAGUAGGAAAUAUCCUGAAUGAUGGAGAUGGGUACACCCUGGACAGUGAGGACGGUACAGGCACUAAUACAGUAGACAGUGCUAUCUUCCAGGUGCCUCAGCUGAAGACUAUUCCUAAUGGAUUGGAUUUGAGGGGCUCGGACUCUCUGAAGAAUCUGCAUGAAUCUGAAUGUAAGAACCAUAUGAUUGGAGAGAUCAAGGUGGCGCUGAAGAAAGAAAUGAAGACUGAAGGAGAACAGCUGGUUCUUGAGAUUCUGCAGUGCAGAAACAUUACUUACAAGUUCAAAUCUCCAGAUCACCUGCCUGACUUGUACGUGAAGCUCUACGUGGUAAACGUGGCUACACAGAAGCGGAUCAUCAAGAAAAAGACGAGAGUGUGCCGUCAUGACAGAGAACCAUCUUUUAACGAGACUUUCCGCUUUAGUCUUAACCCGGCUGGUCACUCUAUUCAGCUGUUCCUGGUGUCUAAUGGAGGGAAGUUUGUGAAGAAGACACUAAUUGGUGAAGCUUACAUCUGGUUGGACAAAGUGGACAUGAGGAAGCGAGCGGUGAGCUGGCACAAAUUAGUUGCCAGUUCUCCCCAUACGCAGCCCUGAUUAUAUUCAAGAUAAAUAAAUAAAAGGAAGAUAAUGACAGUUCAGCAAAUAACUCUGUCAUGAUCAAACCUUAUUGACAAGUUCAUAGUAAACUUUGUUGAAAUUCAAAACCUGAGUCGAGUAACUUAAAAAGCUUUCUUAGCUUUUGCAAUUAAUGUACAGUGUUUCCAUGUACUGUAAGUGGAUGAAAUCAAAUUAAGCAAAAAAUAUAUAUAAAUAUUGAAGAAUCGGUAGCAAAAUUUCCGAUCUUGUCAGAAAAUAUAACCACCUUGUUCCUUUGCAGUCCACUGUAUAGUUUCUAUGAUUAAACCGAUCAUAUCAACUUAUGUUAUGUACAUACUAAGAAAAUAAUAUAAUUUUUUUUUUAUGCGAUAAAUACAGUAUGAACCUUCAGCAAAACUCCAUUAAGCACACAUGCUCAGUGAUGCUCAGUCUCUGUUUUUAUUUUUUAUGCAGUGUUUAAUUUUUUUCUGUGGACAAAAAAAAGUGCUGAAGGGUAUGUCUCAUUUGGACGUCAUUUCUUGGUGGUAAAGGAACCACUGCUUGUUUAAGUUAAUAUUCCGUUGAACCAUGAUCUAAUUAGCUGUAAUCGGUCUUAAAAGUCAUAGUAACGAUUACAUUAAAUCAUACAUGAAGACUAAUUGUAUGUAUUUGUAUUUAUUUGAAAGCAUUGCAAAGAAAAGAUCACGUAACCGUUGUGAUGUCAACAGUGAUUCCUGUUUUGUAAUAAAGUUCUGUAUUCGAAAAAUAUGCAAUGAAGAAAAAAAAUUAUAAUAAAAAAAGAAAAAAUUAUGCAUAUAUAUAUAUAUAUAUAUAUAUAUAUAUAUAUAUAUAUAUAUAUAUAUAUAUAUAUGCAGAUUUCUAUAUUGGCUCAGCUAAAAUCUGAACACUUGGUGUUUAUUUCAAAUGGUGCAAGGUGUCUAUAAAUAAGUGUCACUGUGGCGCAGUUUAAAGCUGUUGCAUUUUUUUGCAAUGGCUUUUGGAAUAAAUAAUUGUUGCUGCUCAUCUCAGUUCUUAGUAGCAAAGAAUCACACUUUCACUGCCUGCACCAUAGUGUACAAGUAGUACAAGCAAUUGUGCUUAAACACCAGACAGUAAACAUCCGUUUAGGUUAAAAAAAUAAAAUGAAGGAAUGAAGCUACAAAAAAAAAAAUAGUAGUGAUCAGUGUUUCCAUGUCAUUAUCAGUGGAUUGUUUUGCACAUGGGGAAAAAAACGGAUAUUUUACUGAAGUCUUUAAUUAUCAUUUUCAGUACAUUUUGUAAAGAUAUUGUACAGAGUGAAGAAAAUGUUCUGGGUUGCUGUCACGGUGAAACGAACUAUGUGCCAACCUAACGUCCUAACCAAAUCCACUACUUCAGUUUAGGUAUUUCUAUGCAACAUGAAUUAUGCCUGGAUGCAUUUCUUCAGAGUUUGAAAAUAUAUAUAUAUAUAUAUAUAUAUAUAUAAAUAUAAAAUUCUUUUUACCAUGAUUUUACUUUUCAUUUUACUUCUGAAAAUAUAUAAAAAAAUAUAUGUAUAAACAGUUUUGACACAGUUACAUUUUGAGAAUAUGCACUUUAGUUAAUUUCCUGUUCCAAUGUUUGGUUGGACCUUCCAUUAUGACUAUGUGGAAGAUGUUGCUACAUGGACUACAGUGACCUAUAAAAUGUUGUUGGUGGAGAAAAAAGACCACUUUAAUGUAAAAUAUAAAAUAAUAGUAAUAAUAAAAAAAACAGCCUUGUUGGUGCUCUACAAACUAGGAGAGCCCAUUUUUAAUGGCCAAUCAAAAUCUCAUGGAAUCAAAUAAACAUCAUCGUUUUUAUGUCUAUCACAUUCUGCCUCGAAUCGUGCUGUGUAUCUGGAUUUUGAUCAAAAACUGUGUCCUCUUUAAAUACCGAAUGACAUAUGGCUGUUGUCUUCUCUCUGUUGUGUUAGUGAAAUGUCCACCUGGUUUGUUAUGCUGUAUUCCUGGGAACUAACAUGAUGAGUCUGAUGUAUUCAGUUGCGGUAAACUGGCGUGAAUGUGAUUCGAUUAUUUUUGAUUAUGUAAAUACACAAGAUAUUUUCUAUAGGAAAAGGUUUGAAUAUUUAUUUGGUUUGACACUGAGCAUGUGUGUGUGAACUCAAGGUCAAAGUCCAGUCUGUACAUAUGUGUUUGUCGAAAUAUGUGUGCAAGUGAUCCAUGUGAUAAUCUGGAUGAUGUGAAUCAACCCACAUCAAAAUCUCUUAAAAUAAAAUCUGUGAAAUCUCACACAAUGAAGAUUAAUGAGGUGAAGAAAAAAGUACACAAAAUUGUCAAUGAAUUUCUAUGGUUUUACAUGGAUGUUGCAUGUUCUGCUAGAUGUCUGUUGAUAUUUUUGCCUACAGAUUCUGUUUAAAAAAAAAAAGGAAAUGAGUACCUUUAUCUGAAGAAAAAAAAAUGUAUGCUGACUGUAAAAUGCUUGUAAAAUGAGUCUUGUUUUUUUCACUUGUAAAAAUGAGAAAUUUAUUGUCAUGGUUUUAUGGUUGUCCAUAGGAUGUCAUGAAAUUAUGCAAAUUGUGCUGUAGAAAAAAGUAAAGAAAAAAACACAUGUAUAAAAUGUUCCCUAAGUCUAAUAAAUAGUUGAGAUUCUAUUGUAAA